UCUCUCUCUCUCUGCCCCCACCGAUCCCCCGCUCGGAAGAAUUUGGGGGAAGAAGCUCUAGAGAGAGAAACUAGGGUUCAGGGGAUUCGUGCCCGGGAGGAGCGCGAUGAGCAUCGUGCCCAAGGAGACGAUCGAGGUCAUCGCCCAGAGCGUCGGCAUCCCCAGCCUCGGCCCCGAUGUCGCCGCCGCGCUCGCCCCCGACGUCGAGUACCGCCUCCGCGAGAUCAUGCAGGAGUCCAUUAAAUGUAUGCGGCAUGCGAAACGGACAGUUCUGACUGCAGAUGAUGUUGAUAGUGCUCUCAGCCUCAGGAAUGUUGAGCCUGUAUAUGGAUUUGCAUCUGGUGAUCCAUUGCGGUUUAAGAGAGCUGUUGGACAUAAGGAUCUCUUCUAUCUUGAUGACCGGGAGGUAGACUUCAAAGAGAUUAUUGAAGCUCCUCUGCCUAAGGCCCCUCUCGACACAGCAGUUGUAGCCCAUUGGUUAGCGAUUGAGGGGGUGCAGCCUGCAAUUCCAGAGAAUCCUCCUAUUGAUGCAAUUGUACCACCAGCUGAAAAUAAAAGGUCUGAGCAUGGGAAGGAUGAUGGGCUUCCAGUUGAUGUCAAGCUUCCUGUUAAGCAUGUAUUAUCUAGAGAACUACAGAUGUACUUUGAUAAAAUAGCUGAGCUUACUUUGAGUAGAUCUGACACAUCCCUUUUUAAAGAAGCUUUAGUGAGCUUGGCAAAAGAUUCAGGCCUUCAUCCAUUGGUUCCUUACUUUUCCUACUUUGUCGCAGAUGAGGUUACCCGGAGUUUGGGUGAUCUUCCUGUUUUAUUUGCUCUCAUGCGAGUAGUCCGAAGUCUUCUUCAUAAUCCACACAUUCAUAUUGAACCUUAUUUGCACCAGUUGAUGCCAUCGAUGAUCACUUGCAUUGUCGCAAAGAGGCUAGGGCAUAGGCUCUCAGAUAACCACUGGGAACUUAGAGACUUCUCUGCCAAUUUGGUUGCUUUGGUAUGCCGGAGGUUUGGUCAUGUCUAUCACAACCUUCAAACCCGGUUAACAAAAACAUUGAUCCAUGCGUUUCUUGAUCCUGCAAAAUCAUUGACCCAACAUUAUGGUGCUGUACAAGGGAUAUCUGCAUUGGGGCCCAGUGCGAUUAGGUUGCUGCUUUUGCCCAACCUUGUGACAUAUAUGCAACUUCUGGAGCCGGAACUGCAGCUUGAGAAGCAGAAAAAUGAGAUGAAAAGGAAGGAAGCUUGGCGUGUUUACGGUGCCUUGCUGUGUGCUGCAGGCAAAUGCUUGUAUGAUCGGCUCAAAUUAUUUCCUGUUUUGCUUUCUCCAUCGACACGCCCUCUUUUGAGGAGCGAUAAAAGGGUCUUAACCAAUAACCCAAAUAAGCGGAAAUCCAGCACAGAUCUCUCUGCAUCCCAGCCACCUCUGAAGAAGAUGGCAACGGACGCAUCAGUCAACUCCAUGGCAGGAAACAUGCAAGGAGCCAUGGAUGGCUUUUCCACUCAGUUGGGCAACCCCAGCAUGAUGCAGGCUUCAUCCUCUGGACAGUUGGUAGAGAGCAUCCCAUCAGCUGUGAUCCGGAGGGAUCAGGGCAGCGAUCUUGCGCAGAAAGUGUCCACGGUGCUGAGGCAAGCUUGGAAAGAGGAUCAGGACGCCGGUCAUCUCUUGGGGUCACUGUACGAGGUCUUUGGUGAAGCCAUCUUCUCGUUUGUCCAACCACCAGAGAUGUCUUUGUUUGUGUAGAAAGAGAACUCGUAGGCUUAGAGAUGUUUUCAUCUGUGCUAUUGUACAACUAGGAAUUUGCUGGAUUCUUGGAAUCGUGUCAGGAAAUAUCAAAGCUAUGUAACGGUAGGGAUUUCUGAGUGGGUGCAUGUGUUGUAAUGUAAUCCAUUUUUUCAUCAGCUGAUCUAGUGAAUAUCUUACUAGUUCUAAUAAUUUAGGCUCUUCUCCGUA